UUUUUUUGUUGUUAAAGGUCCUGAUUUUGCACCCGUCAGAGUUGUGUUUCAAGAUGGCGGGUGAGAUGUAUUUGGUUUGGCUGCUCCCUAUUUUGCAAGCGAUAUCGGCCUAUGGAUCAGAAUUGUCGUCCGAGGCAUGCAGGGAACUUGGAUUUUCCAGUAAUCUCCUCUGUAGUUCUUGUGACCUUCUUGGGCAGUUCAAUCUGAACCAGCUGGAUCCUUUCUGCAGACAGUGCUGCCAAGAAGAGGCCCAGCUUGAAACCAGAAAGAACUACGCUGGGGCAAUUCUGGAAGUGUGUGGAUGAAAGUUGGGCAGGUUCCCUCAAGUCCAGGCUUUUGUCAGGAGCGACAAGCCUAAAAUGUUCAAGGGCCUGCAGAUUAAGUAUGUGCGUGGCUCUGAUCCUGUUCUAAAGCUACUGGACGAUAACGGGAACAUCGCCGAAGAGUUAAGCAUCCUCAAGUGGAACACUGACAGCGUAGAGGAAUUCCUGAGCGAAAAGUUAGACCGCGUGUAAAUUCUGGGGCAGUAAUCGAAUGACUUUCAACCAUUGUUAUUAAUUCAGGGUUUUUUUGUUUGUUUUUUUUUUUAAACCUGUAAAUUAAGUGAUUAAAAUGCCAUAUGACAGCCGUUUUAUAGUUUCGCAAUAAAACAAAUGGCUGUUUGUAGUCAAAGGCCUUUUUUUAGAUAAUCAUUGUCCCCAAUUACUACAAAAAAGGUAAUGCAGUACAAAAGAUCCUUGUUACUUGCUCAUUCAUGAACAGCUAAGCUUUUAUUGUUAUUUUUUUAAUAGCAAUGUUCUGUACAGUUUUGUAGUGGAUGUUGGAAAAGGAAUUUUGUUGGGUCUCACUGUUGAUUCCAACUGCAACGAUACCAUCAGGUAGGUGCACGUUAGUGAGGGUGAUACAGUAAACCUUUCAGAGGUGUGUGUAGCCUGAUGUCCUGUGCACUGCCACCUGAGGAUUCUGUUCCAUAGCGCAACAGUGAGCGAAGAAAGAGCACGAAAUUGCAGCAGAAUGAGUGACGAAGUAAUAAAGAUCAUCUUCUAACUUUG